AAUCGACCAACAAAGUGUCAUCUCUAAUAAACUAUUUCCUCUGAAUUUUAUGUGCAAUUAAUCUUCUAAACUGAUUUUUGUUAAGAAAUUGAAAUGUAGGUCUGGCUAAAAAGUGGAAAAGAUGAAAGAAGUGGGCAUAGCUCUGCCCAAAUCCAGAGGCGUAGGAGUGGGUGUAGUUGGGGCCUUCCUGCUUUGCUUCAUAUUUUACUAUUUCUACGGGGGUUACAUGACGCUGGCUCUAUUUGCUGCUAUUUUGCUACUGAUUUUUUAUUAUGCCCAAGAUUUACUUCUAUAUCAUCCCGAUUUGCCGACAAAUUCACGCAUUUUCGUACCUAUGCCAACCAUGCACAACCUGCCCAACAUAACGGUAAACAUAAAGACAACCGAUGCCGAUGUCACAUUGCAUGCCUUUUGGAUAAGCCAGCCCGAGGAAAGGUGCAAAUCGGUGCCGACCCUUUUAUAUUUCCAUGGCAAUGCUGGAAAUAUGGGACAUCGGAUGCAGAAUGUUUGGGGCAUCUACCAUAAUCUGCAUUGCAAUAUUCUGAUGGUGGAAUACCGUGGCUAUGGUCUAUCCACUGGUGUUCCUACCGAACGUGGCCUUUGCUCGGAUGCCAGAGCUGCCAUUGACUAUCUUCACACACGACAUGAUCUCGAUCAUUCGCAAUUGAUACUCUUUGGCCGUUCCCUUGGCGGAGCUGUUGUGAUCGAUGUGGCUGCCGAUACAGUCUAUGGCCAAAAACUUAUGUGUACCAUUGUGGAGAACACAUUCACCAGUAUACGCGAUAUGGCCGUGGAGCUAGUGCACCCAUCAAUGAAGUACAUACCAAAUGUAUUGUAUAAGAAUAAGUAUUGCUCUCUACAAAAAAUCAGCAAGUGCUCGGUGCCAUUUCUGUUUAUAUCGGGCCUUGCGGAUAACUUAGUGCCACCGCGCAUGAUGCGUGCCUUGUAUACAAAAUGCGGUAGUGAGAUAAAGCGAACUCUGGAAUUCCCGGGAGGCUCACACAAUGACACCUGGAUAGUAGAUGGUUACUAUCAGGCCAUUGCUGGCUUUUUAGCCGAACUACAGCAACAGCCGUCACCAUUGCAAAAGCCGCCAGAGAAGAGUAAUGUCUGGGUCGAGUUGGAACAUAAAAUUAUUGAUGUUUAACGUUUGCUCGGAUUUACCCUAAAUGCUCUUCCUCUUCAUCCCAUCCCGUUAAAAAGUGUUCUAUUGACUGUGUUAACACUGCGAAUUGGGUUUAAAUUACUUAUUAAAUAGUCUGUAAACAACUGGGAAUUCAACCGCUACGGAUUAUAGUCCGUAAUGCAAUUUUACAAUCUUAAUCUUACUUUUACACUGAUUAACUAUUACAAAUAGAAUACUUAAAAAAAUAUAUAGGUACGCUGAUAUAAAGUUAAUUGAUCCAAAGCUGUAAUCAAUAUCCAAUCUUAACAAAAAAAACUCGCUUUUGAAACCAUUAAUACGUUUCGGUUGCAUUCCCUGAUAACUAUAUAAAACAAAGAUUUUAAAAACGUUUAAAUCUUUGCUUUAGUUUUAAUCGUAAGCUGUGCUAGUUGUAUUUUAUGCUGAGACAAAAAGUGUUGAAGAAUAGCCGAGUAUAGAUUAAAUUUAAUUAUUAUAAAUCUAUCACUUAUUUUUUUUUUUAUUCUAUCUAAAAAUUAAGAUACAAUGGGAAACUUCAAUUCAAUUAUCGAACUCUAAUCUUCUCCUAACAUUUGCCAGUUCUAGCAUUUUAAAUUCUAAACUAUUUGAGCGUAAUUGUUAAUAUUCGAGAGCAGCCAGAUAUACAGGUAUGAAUUAAUGAUUAAAUUAUAGUAAAUACAAAAACUGAAAGAGGCAAUAAAACUAAAAUCCCUUGAAA